CGUGCGUGACCCGGGGAGGGGGUCCGGCCAGUGUCAAGUGACCAGCCCAGUUUAUCCUGUACUAACAUGGGGCUCGAGAACGAGAGGUCCGAAACGAGCGUCCUCAUGGACCAACAUGAAUUCAGCCGGACCUUGGAACCGAUUCUGGCCGAGAAACAGAAAAACUGCACGGCGACUGCUGACCGGGAUCCGCAGGAAAUGAACGCGCACCUGAAGAUCAGCUUUGAGGACAUCAUCGGCGAGCCCGCCGCCCUGCACAGCUUUGACUCGGUGUGGGUCUCCAGCAGUGCCCUCUUUGAGCUGCUUAAAUACGCUUCGUACCGCCUGAUCAGCGCGCUGCUCGCCGUCCUCCUGUCCUUCACUGCGGGAUCCCUCUUCGCCCUUCUCAGCUGCCUUCAUAUCUGGAUACUGAUCCCAGUGGUGCAGGCGUGGUUUAUGGCUCUGCCGACGGUCCAGACAGUCUGGAGAAGUUUGGUGGACACCUUUGUGGCUCCUGUGUUCACAAGCAUGGCCAGAUGUCUGUCUACAAUGGACAUGAAAACUGCCAAACCCAACUGAGAUCCGGCAGAAGUGCAGGCCAAGGGAAACCUGCUCAUUUUUGACCUAAUAUUUGUUUGUGACCAAACUGUUUGACAACAUUCCAUUACUUCAUCAUAGAAAAGAGUUGAGAUGGUUAGGACUGUGAUUGUAAAGAUAAAAUGAUGCAAUAAUAAUUAAGUUCUGACUGUAUUUCUGUGAAACAGAAAUAUCUGACAGUGUGCCAAUGUGCAUAUCUCCUUAACCAAACGCAAGUACUACACCAGAAAAUAGCCAGCGGACGUUUUGUGACUGUCUCUGUCUCGGACUGUUCGUCAGGAACGCGUUGGUACCGUAUAUGACCAAAGUGACAAGACUCGAAAGUUUGCUGAUACAUUUUGAUCACAGGUGUGACCUCAACAAGAAAAUCGUAACUUAUUGAAGACGUAUUUUGUACUGAAGACAAAGUACAGAAAUAUUUAUAGAGCACCCAUUCAUUCUAUAAUUAUUGGAUAUAUCAAGUAUUAUACAAAACUAUUUAACUCUGACCUGUAUUUUCACCUUUCCUGUGAAAUGAAUGUAAAACUGUCUUUCUCGGUUUUUAUGCAGUCAGUAGUUUUUAACUGAAUUACCUGAUAUUUGUGUUAUUCAUUUAUUACUCAAGCUGGCAUUAAUAUAAUCAGCACUCUUGACUCUAUAAUCAUUCUCCAGGCUGCUCUUCCAUUAUUAGCUAUUGGUUCAUUGCACCGAUAUCAUUUCUGCUUUUGACAAUUAUUUUACAACAAAUUAUGAGCACACUAUUCAGAUAAAGUUGAAAUAAAAAUAGGUGAAGGUGACUAGACUGCUGUACGGUGACUAAUUUUGAACUGUGUCAAGAUUUGUCAAACACUGCAAUUCAGAAGUUAUGUCAUGGAAACUGCAAAAAUGCUCAGUGUUCGGACAGUCGGUUUCCAUUAAACUAAGGAUCCUGUAUGAAAA